UGUGGAAUGUUUAAGCGGUACCCAAAUUCAGAAUCACACUCUCCAAGUACCUCUCACUUCCCACUCAUUUAGCCAAUUUGUCUGUCUUCUCCUUCAUUUUCCAUUUUUAAAAUCUCCCAAGCUUUUUUCUGUUACAUUACAUCUCCUCUGCCUAUUUUCUCUCUCUGUUCUUGCUAGAUUCCUAAGCUUUGAUUCUGAUUCCCAUUAUAAUUUGGGAUCAAAUUUUUCUGGAUUUAGAGAGAAGCAAUGGAGUCAAGUGUAGCAGCUGUCAUGAACCCUAAUAGUGCCCAUUUAUCAGAAGCUGGAAUGAAACGGUUUUUCGGAGAAAGAAUCAGUCAAAAUCUAAGGAAUAGAGAUCUGAAAGCUAUGUUUUCCAGGAAUUUAAGAACUGAUAACAGGGGUAAAAGGGUCAUUAAACCUGGUGUUGCUCUCUCUGUUCUUACCUCUGAUUUUAAUCAAAGUGUCAAAGAAUUGAAGUUUGAGCCAGCUUUUUUUGAAAGUCCAAAAGCAGACCCGAAAGAUGUAGCUGCAAUUAUACUAGGUGGUGGUGCUGGGACUCGCCUCUUCCCUCUUACUGGCAGGAGAGCUAAGCCGGCGGUGCCAAUUGGAGGGUGUUACAGGCUCAUUGAUGUUCCUAUGAGCAACUGCAUCAAUAGUGGCAUUCGAAAGAUUUUCAUCCUUACCCAGUUCAAUUCAUUCUCGCUUAAUCGUCAUCUUGCUCGGACUUACAAUUUUGGGGAUGGUGUGAAUUUUGGUGAUGGUUUUGUGGAGGUUUUUGCUGCCACUCAAACCCCCGGAGAGGAAGGAAAGAGAUGGUUUCAAGGCACGGCUGAUGCAGUGAGACAAUUAGGAUUAUUUGAGGAUUCUAAGUCCAAAAAUAUCGAGCACAUCAUUAUUUUAUCUGGUGAUCAUCUUUAUCGAAUGGAUUACAUGAGUUUUGUGCAGAAACACAUCGACACCAAUGCUGAUAUUACAGUUUCAUGUUUACCCAUGGAUGACAGUCGUGCAUCAGAUUUCGGGUUGAUGAAAAUUGACCGCACUGGACAGAUUAUCCAAUUUGCAGAAAAACCCAAAGGGCCUGAUCUAAAGGCGAUGCAAGUAGAUACCAGUAUUCUCGGUCUAUCGGAGCUUGAAGCCAUGUCAAACCCAUAUAUCGCAUCAAUGGGUGUGUAUGUGUUUCGAACGGAUGUUCUUAUGGAGCUUCUAAAUAGGAAAUACCCUUCAAGCAAUGAUUUUGGUUCUGAAAUUAUUCCCUCUGCAGUAGGCGAGUACAAUGUUCAGGCUUAUUUAUUUAACGACUAUUGGGAGGAUAUUGGAACAAUAAAAUCUUUCUUUGAUGCCAAUUUGGCUCUUACUGAACAGCCUCCUAAGUUUCAAUUCUACGACCCAAAGACACCUUUCUAUACCUCUGCUAGAUUUCUGCCUCCUACCAAAGUUGAGAAGUCCAAGAUUGUUGAUUCCAUAAUCUCCCAUGGGUGUUUUCUACGGGAGUGUAGCGUACAGCAUUCCAUUGUUGGGAUUCGAUCAAGAUUAGAAUCUGGCAUUGAGUUUAAGGACACCAUGAUGAUUGGUGCAGAUUACUACCAAACUGAAUCAGAAAUUGCUUCUUUACUCGCUGAAGGAAAAGUUCCUAUUGGUGUUGGACAGAACACCAAAAUUAGAAACUGCAUAAUUGACAAGAAUGCAAAGAUUGGAAAAGAUGUGGUGAUCGCAAACACAGAUGGUGUUGAAGAAGCAGAUAGACCAAACGAAGGCUUCUAUAUCAGGUCAGGCAUCACCGUCAUCUUGAAGAAUGCAACUAUUAGGGAUGGUUUGGUGAUUUAGAUUUAGUUUCGUUAACUUUAUGGAAAGAAAUAAAUUUUGCAGGCUUUACUUUCCAUGUAACAUAAACCACGAGUUUACCUCAUGUGUAUAUAAACUUAGAUAAUCAUGGUAUAAGAGGCUAAUAUAAUCCCGAUAUUGCAGUUAAGGGUUU